AUGACUACCAAUUGGUCAGCUCCAAUUGUGUGGCAUGGCACUUACAAUGAAGUAGUGUUGGAAGACUAUUAUGCAAGUCAUAAAAUUACUGUGGGGUUGACUGUGUUUUCUGUGGGAAGAUACACCGACCACUAUUUGCACACAUUUUUAUCAUCUGCUGAUAGAUUUUUUAUGGUAGGCCAGAAAGUCAUAAUCUAUGUCCUAAUAGAUGACUUCUUCAAGAUGCCUUGGCUAGAGCUGAGUCCUCUCCGUUCAAUCAAAAUUUUUGAAAUAAGGAGAGAAAAGAGAUGGCAAGAUAUCAGUAUGAUGCGCAUGAAGACCAUCAGUGAACAUAUUGUAGAUCACAUCCAAUAUGAAGUUGACUUCCUCUUCUGCAUGGAUGUGGACCAAAUCUUUGUAAGCAACUAUGGACUGGAGACUCUGGGGGAAUCAGUAGCUCAGUUACAUGCUUAUUGGUAUAAGGCAAGUCCUACAGAGGUACCUUAUGAGAGAAGACAGUUAUCAGAAGCAUAUAUACCUAUUGGUGAGGGAGAUUUUUAUUACCAUGCUGCUGUAUUUGGGGGCACUCCCAUUCAGGUUCUCAAUAUUGCCAGGGAAUGCUUCAAAGGAAUCUUGAAUGACAAGAAAAAUAACAUUGAAGCAGUGUGGCAUGAUGAAAGUCACUUAAACAAGUAUUUCUUUCUCCAUAAACCCACUAAACUCUUGUCCCCGGAAUACUGCUGGGAUAGGUUUAAAUAUAGUGAUCAUGAGAUUCACAAUGUCAAAGUCUCGUGGGCUAUUAAAAAUUAUGAAUAUUUUAGAAGGGCAGUGUAA